AUGAAAACCAUCUCCGCAAUACGCGUUCUCGCUUUUUCUAUGGCUGUAGGACAAGCCUUAGCUACCGUUACGCAGGGAAUCUCUGACGAAAUCUUCAAUCGUCUGGUUGAAAUGGCCACCAUAUCCCAAGCUGCCUAUGCAAACUUAUGCAACAUUCCGGCGACAAUAACUACGGUGGAGAAGAUAUAUAAUGCCCAAACAGAUAUCAAUGGAUGGGUUCUCCGCGACGACAGUCGCCAGGAAAUCAUCACCGUCUUUCGUGGCACUGGUAGUGACACAAACCUGCAGCUCGAUACAAACUACACUCUGGCUCCUUUUGACACCCUUCCCGAAUGUGUCGGUUGUGAAGUGCAUGGCGGAUACUAUCUUGGAUGGAUCUCUGUCCAAGAUCAGGUUGAGUCGCUCGUUCAACAGCAAACCAGAAAUUAUCCGGAGUAUGCACUGACAGUCACGGGCCAUAGCCUGGGCGCCUCAAUAGCAGCAAUAACUGCCGCUCAGCUGUCCGCCACAUACGAUCGUGUCAGCUUGUACACCUUUGGCGAACCGCGAACCGGAAACCAAGCGUAUGCGUCGUACAUGGAUGAGGGUUUCGAAGCAGCGAGCCCUACGACAACCCGGAUCUUCCGGGUCACCCAUACCAACGAUGGUAUCCCAAACCUGCCACCCGCUGAUCAGGGCUAUGUUCAUUCUGGCAUUGAAUACUGGAGUAUUGACCCCUUUAGUCCUUAUAACACGUAUGUCUGUACUGGAAAGGAGAUUCAGUGCUGCGAGGCUCAGGGUGGACAGGGGGUGAAUGCUGCUCAUGUCACUUAUUUCGGAAUGAGUAGCGGAGCUUGCAGCUGGUAG